UUCCUUUUCUUGUCGGUUGCUGACAUUUCCGUGGUGACCUCUGUUUCCUCUGUUCUUCACGCACUUUCUUUGAGGAGGCCAUUACAAUAAGACUUAGGUUGAUCCCAAUCAAGAGACUACUGUAGCACUCUCCAGAAAUAACCAACCCAAAGAUGGCUGCACUUCAUGUGUCUGGAGUCGUUUUGUUUGCAUGCCUUGUACAAGGGGUAUUGGGUGGUAGCUGUCCUUCCGUGAUUAACUGCGGCGAUCUCGGCAACAUCAGUUUUCCUUUCACCGACAUACGUCACCGAGACUGUGGCAUGUUGGUGAUACAUGGCUGUGAUGACCACGAACCAGGGGCCCAAAAAACCAUUAAAAACAGCAAUAAAUGGUUUGGUAUUGUGAAGCUCGAGCAGUUUAAGAUCACCGUCAAAGACGAUGAACUCCGCGACUUUUUGCUACAACGAAGUUGUGAAACCUUCAACCACAACUAUACUUUCACAGUCAGCUCACCCUUGGCUAAGACUUCUCGUUUAAAUCAUUACGUAGACGUACUCAAAUGUAGACCCGCCCUCAGUGCUCCACCAAACAACUCUGUUUCUAACUCAGCAAUUUGCAGAAACGAAACACUAUAUUCACUGGUGGACACCGACCCUUCUUCCAGCUACAGUCACCUCAAAGGAUGUACAAUGGUUCAGCUUCCUACAAGCUUCGACGUGCAGUUUGUGGAUCUUGAUCCCAACGACCCUUUCAAGUACGUAACUCAUGAAAUCGAAAUUGGAAUAGAAUUAUCUCAGAACUGUUCUAGGUGUCUGUAUGCUAAUGGAGGCCAAUGUCGAGUUGACAACACCGGAAUGUUUUACUGUGACCAAGGAAAGAAAUCAACAAAAACUCGUCUUAUAGUGAUAGCAGUUGCAUGCGUGAGUGGAGCACUCGGAGUUAUAGUUUUGGGUGGUUGGUACAUUAGAAGACGCUAUUACAACAAGAGAAACCCCACCCACCAGAUCAUUGAGAUGUUUCUGAACACCCACGGUCAUCUUGCAGCCAAAAGAUACAGUUAUUCAGAGAUAAAGAAGGCCACCAACUCCUUCAGAAACAAAUUGGGUGAAGGAGGCUAUGGUAGCGUCUACAAGGGCAAGUUAAACGAUGGAAGCCUCGUGGCAGUGAAAAUCUUAAGCGACUCCAAAGGUAACGGUGAGGAAUUCAUCAACGAGGUUGCCAGCAUCAGUCUCACUUCUCACGUUAACAUUGUUAGUUUACUAGGAUUCUGUCAGGAAGGUUCUAAAAGAGCUCUCAUAUAUAAAUACAUGCCUAAUGGAUCUCUAGAGAAGUUCUUAUAUGAAGACAAGGAUCCACUUAAGCUUAGUCUUCGAUUAACCUGCAAAACCAUCUACAAUAUUGCGAUUGGAAUUGCUCGAGGACUAGAGUAUUUACACAGAGGAUGCAAUACUAAAAUCUUGCAUUUUGAUAUAAAGCCUCACAAUAUAUUGAUUGAUGAGGAUUUCUGUCCCAAGAUUUCAGACUUUGGACUGGCUAAGAUAUGUCAGAAAAAGGAAAGUAUUGUGUCCUUAUUGGGAACUAGGGGGACUAUAGGAUAUAUUGCUCCUGAGGUAUUUUCUAGAAAUUUUGGAGUAGUCUCUCAUAAAUCUGAUGUAUAUAGCUAUGGGAUGGUGGUUUUGGAAAUGGUGGGGGCAAAGAUGAAUAAGAAUGUUGAAGGUGAAGGUUCAAGCGAAGUAUAUUUUCCACAGUGGGUUUACAAACGUCUUGAGCUGAAUGAGGAGGGUAGACUGGGAAGCAUAAAAAGUGAAAGUGAUAGAAAAAUGAUACGAAAGUUGAUUAUUGUGAGCUUGUGGUGUAUUCAGACAGAGCCAUCAAAGAGGCCAGCAAUGAGUAGAGUGGUAGAUAUGAUGGAAGGAAGCUUGGAGGUGUUGCAAAUACCACCAAAACCUUAUCUCUCUUCACCUCCCAGAUCUCCUCCUAGUUCCUCUGAUCACACCACCUACACCUCUCACACUACGUAUCCUACCGAGUACUGAUUAGUUUCUGUAACGUGUUGUUUACAGAUAUGUAUUUGAUAAGAUUCAAAUUAUAAAAAUCAAAUUUUAAAUUUAAUUGGAUAA